CCGUGGCACUUUAUUUUUAUUACUUUCGAAAACUUAGCAGGCCGUGAAGGUGUUAUUCUAUACAUCGAGAGAGAUAUGUAGAUAUAUAAAAAAGCGACACUCUCCUCUCAGCUCACUUCUUGCGUACUUGGAGUUAUCAACCUUCUACUCUAGCAUCACGAAGUUUCUGCUUUUUUCCCUUCCCCCCCCUAUUUUUCUUUCUUCAUAGCCACUCUCAUUUAACCAUCACCAUGCGCGGGACGCUUAACACGGCCCUGGCAAUCUUCCUUGCCGGCUCUGCUCUCUUAACACAGCAUGUUGCGGAAAGCAGACUUGUCUUUGCCCAUUAUAUGGUCGGCACCGUCGAUCCGAGCACCAACCACGCGCAGCUCGACAUCGACGGCGCGGUAAACACCGGGUUCGACGCCUUCGCCCUGAACGUAGGCAGCCCCGGCGCCGAUUGGGCGAGGAACACGGUGCAGCAGCUCUUCGACAUCGCGGGCGGGACGCCGCUGAAGCUGUUCUUCAGCUUCGACUUCUACGGCAACGGCGACAUCAGCCAGCACCAGGCGCUGUACAGCCAGUUCAAGGACCACCCGGCCUAUCUCCGCUACGGGCCCAACAACCUCCCCGUCGUCUCGUCCUACAGCGGCGGCGGCCUCGGCCCCGACGUCUGGCGGGAUUUCAAGGCCGCCAACAACGUGUACCUGCUCCCGAACCCGGAGGCCGACGGGAGCUACUACAGCGACCCGGCCGCCUUCUUCCAGAGCUGGGGCGACGCCGUCGACGGCGUGUUCAGCUGGGAGACCGCCUGGCCCGACACGUCGGACGUCCCCGUGAACGUGUCCUCGGCGCGGGACGAAGCCGUCAAGUCGGCCGCCGACGCCGCCGGCAAGACGUACAUGAUGGGCCUAUCACCCCUCCAGUAUAAGCACUGCUGCGGAGACUCGUGGUACCGCACUGGCGAGACGAACCUGCCCGAGCGCAUGCAGCAGAUCCUCUCCGUCGGUCCCGAAUUCGCCGAGGUUAUCACCUGGAACGACGCCGGCGAGAGCCACUACAUCGGCCCGUGCUGGCCCGAGGGCCUCACCGAGGAGAUCCUGCAGUACGGCGACUCGGGCGCGAACCCGCACGACGGGUGGCAGGCGCUGAUCGGGUCGUUCGCGGACGCGUACCGCGCGGGCGCCGCGGACGUGGGGGCGAUGCGGCCGCGGGGCGGCGCGCCCCUGGCCGGCGCCAUGUGGUACCGGGCAGCGACCCGGGCGUGCGGCGGGGAGCAGCCGCGGGGCGCGGGCGCGGCCGUCGACGCGGUCAACUACGCCGUCGUGCUGCCCGCUGGCGCCGGCGCGCUGACCGUCCGCGUCUCCAGCGGCGGCCAGGUCCUCGCCACGCAGCCGCUCGCCGACAGCGCCGCCGGCGGCCUGCGCCACGGCUCCGUCCCCGGCAUGCGGGCUGGCGCGCAGCGCGUCGAGCUGCUCGACGCCUCCGGUGCCGUCGUCGCCUCCGCGACCAGCCGCGUCGACGCCUCCGACCUCCCCGUCGCCGGCUUCUGCAACUACAACUACUACGUCGUCGGCCUGUAGAGCAGCCGGCUGCGGCACACGCUUCGUGAGCGGAUUGGCCGUUCUGGGCAUCGUUCGUGUAUAGGUAUACAUUUGUAGGCUAGCGUGUGGCAGGGCAGGUCCCGCGCGAGAUAAACGAGGACUCGGGAUAGCUCGUUUCUAGAAAUUUC